AGGCGGGGCUUGCCUGAAAACGGGCGGGGAAACAGAGCGCGGUGCGCGCGCUUAAUCCAGUUUGGAGCGCUCGGCUGAAGAUGCCACUUGUGGAGAUGUGACGGUGCGCUGACUCUGCAGCGCUGCGGACUGUCUCAACUGCUUCCCCGGAUCCCUCUUCCUCUGGGAGGGCUGGAAACAAAGUCCUGGAGGAUUCUGGAGGUGCAAAAAGAGAAGAUCUGGUCCAAGGAUGUGAUGGUUCAGAAGUGGAUGGAUGCAGUUGGAUGAGAAAGCAGACCCAAUGAGAGCCAGGAGGAACUCAGCUUGGGACGGGGAGCCCAGACGGGCUUGGACAUGAUGAUCCUGCCCGUCCACUGCAGGGAGUCAGAGCAGUAGAACUUUUCUCCUUUCCUUUAUGGAGUGUCAAAAAUGACCUUUUUCAAGUUGGUGAACGAGAGCAAAGAUGCCAUUGAAGCCCUCAAUGAGACUUUGGACGUGGAGCCUUUAUUGGUCAACAGUACCAUUACAAAAAGGAGCACCAGCAGUAGAGGCGCCAACCUGACCUGCACUGGCAUCCUCUUGGAGCCCCAAGUGGUGGCAGUGGGGGUCUUUUUGGCCAUCUUCAUCACGGUGGCGAUUGUCGGCAACAUUCUGGUAAUUUUGUCAGUACUCUGCAACAGGCAUUUGCGAACCGUCACCAACUUCUUCAUUGUGAACUUGGCGAUUGCUGACCUCCUGCUGGGAGUCGUGGUCCUGCCCUUCAGCGCCUCCCUGGAGGUUCUGGGAUGCUGGGUGUUCGGCCGGGUGUUCUGCAACAUCUGGGCAGCGGUGGACGUCCUGUGCUGCACAGCCUCCAUCCUCAGCCUGUGCAUCAUCUCUGUGGACAGGUAUGUUGGGGUCAAGUACUGCUUGAGGUACCCCACCAUCAUGACAGAAAGGAAGGCAGGUGUCAUCCUGGUGGUCAUCUGGGUGGCAUCUGCCGUUAUCUCCAUAGGACCUCUCCUAGGGUGGAAGGAGCCACCACCAGCUGACGAAAGUGUCUGCAGCAUCACCGAGGAACCAGGCUAUGCCCUGUUCUCCUCGCUCUUCUCCUUCUACCUGCCACUUUCUGUCAUCCUGGUGAUGUACUUCCGGGUGUACGUGGUGGCCCGGAGGACCAGCCGGAGUCUGGAAGCCGGCGUCAAACGGGAAAGGGGAACCUCCACGGAUGUGGUGCUGCGCAUCCACUGCAGGAGCCUUCCCGAGGAGGCUCUGGAGCACAGUCGCAGCCGGGGCAGGGGUCAGCCCUUCCGCAGCUCACUGUCCGUGCGACUUAUGAAGUUCUCCAGAGAAAAGAAGGCAGCCAAAACUCUGGCCAUCGUGGUCGGGAUGUUUGUGCUGUGCUGGCUACCCUUCUUCUUUGUGCUGCCGUUGGGCUCUUUUUUCCCAGCUCUGAAGCCUUCGGACAUGGUGUUCAAGGUAAUUUUCUGGCUGGGCUACUUCAACAGCUGCAUAAACCCCAUUAUCUACCCGUGCUCCAGCAAGGAGUUCCAGCGGGCCUUCACCCGCCUGCUGCGCUGCCAGUGCCACCGGAGGCGGCGAGCUCUGCGGCGAUUCUACGACCAGCGCUGGCGUACGGCCAUCAAAGGCCCUGCCAGGGACUCUCGAGGAGAAUACAGAGUGGGGUUACCCCUCCACGAAUCGUGUGGAGGCUCUUCUGUCUUCUCGUCCAGGAGCAAAGGCCGCUCGCUGCGGAUCAAAAGCUGGAGCUUCUUCCCUCCGCUGCAGAAAUCCUCCUUCCACCUGAAGGAAAAGAUGAACAACUUGUCCAACAAAAUAAAGAGCGGCGCGGGGAAGAGCGCGGCGCCCGCGCUGGGCAGGACCGAGAUCGAUACCGUGGCUAUGGGGAUUUACAGCGAGUGUGGAGAUCCGGGCGGAUACCAGAUCUAUGACCUCCCGGAAUGCUACGGCCUGAAGGAGACGGAUAUCUAACCGCAGGUGAAGGGUCUGCGGAUCAUCACAUUGCUGCUGUCGGGCAUGCACACUGCAAACAAUGCAAAUCUCUGCGGGUGAAGGCAUUGUAAAUGUAGGCAAUACUUGUAAUAUUUCUCAUUAAGAGGCCGUUAUAAGAGUGGAAUCGUUUUUUUAUAUGUACACUAGGGGUGGGCGAUAUGGCUCUAAAACAAUAUCAAGAUGUUUCAGAGUAUUUUUGCGAUAACGAUAUACUUAUCGAUAUUGGAAAAGAUACAGAAAAAUUAUUCAUUCAUUUUAGGAAUAUAGUAUAAUACUAUAACAGUAUAAUCAUAAUAAUGUGGCAAAAUAAAUAAUAUAGCAUAAAAUAAUAUAAUACAGCAAAAAAUAUUGCAGAAUAUUUAGUGCAUGCAUAUAAACUGCAAACUAAAACAAUUAUACAAUAAAUACACCUAAAGCUUCACAGUAAAUAAUAGACUACUUUUAAGACAGAACAGCCCUAUUAUCACCAUAUGGAUUUUUAAUAUCAUGAUAUUUCUGUGUCACGAUAUAUUGUAUACGAUAUAAUAUUGCCCACCCCUAAUGUACACUAUAUGUCCAAUCCUUAGUUGUGCAAUAUGUUAUACUGUGCAAUAUGUAGCAUAAAGCUAUUGGCGCUGUGGCUAAUGCUAGCAUUGAGCUGUGGAGCAGCAUCCAGUACUUUUUGGAUAAGCUGGGGAGUUGAAUGCAAUCAAAUCCUCACAGCAAUGCUUCAUACCAUACUUCAGCCAAAAUUCCUAGCUCAGACACAGUGCCAUGAGCACACUGGCCACUGGUGUUCAGCAUUACAGCAGGUGUGGGUGGGUGUUCCCACACUGUUCUCUUUAGAGUAACCAGUUUACACACUGCUGUUCCAUGAUUUUGGGUACAGCAGUGUCAAAAAGUAAAAUACUAUAAAAAAUCUGAUUUUUUUUUUUACUUGUGUGUGAUGAGAUGAUUAUUUUAUAUAAAUAACAAUAAUAUAAUAUGAUAAUAAUACAGUGUUUUCAACAGGACCAAUAUGAAUCUCUGGAAUAUCUUCCUUUAUAGUGUUAUAUAUAUAUAUAAAAAGUCAAAGAGAGAUUUGAACAGUACCAUAAGGAAUUGCACUCGAUUGAUCAGUGUAUCUCAGAAAUUGAGAUCUUCUUUACAGAAGAAAGUAUGAAAAAAAAUAUUUGCAAUAUAGUAAUAAAUAAAGUAAUUGGUCCAAUUAUAUAUUUAUAUAUUUACCGGGUUUUUUUUUUUUUUUUACAGGUUUUUGAGUGACAGAAAAAAAAGUCUCUACAAAGGACCAAAUUGUGUUUUUAAUUGUUGCUUUAUAAUUGGCUCUUCAAAGCCAAUCUUCAAAGCCAACAUUAAACAUGAAACAAUGUAUAGAAAUUAAAAUUUACAAGUUGUUAUAUUUAUUAUAUAAUUUUGAUCACUGUAGAACAAAAACAAUAAAUCUCCAAAAUAGCAACUUUAGAGAAGAAGGGAAAAUAAUCAUUCAGAAUUUUAAUGGAAUGAAAGUCAAUAGAAGAAUAUUUCAUUUCAAUUACUUUUGGAUUCUAUUGGUUGUUCAUGAUAAAAGUUUAACACAAUGCACACAACAACUGCCAGUUUAAAUAAUGUUAAAAAACUGAAAAAUAACUGCAACUGGAGGAUAUGGGUACACAGUUUUUGGGUGACAGUGAUAUUUGUUUGUUUGUUUGUUUGUUUGUUUGUAUUGUUUGUAAGAGCAACAGGAUACUGCCUACAUUUACUGUAAGACGCUUUCACUUGCCAAGAUCUCAUUUGUCCAGUGCAGGGAGACUAAAAGCAGCCCGCUCAGAGACGGACUUAAACGGGCAGCUUUGACAAAAGCACAAUCGAGGAACAGUUUCUGAACGAAAACUGAAAAAGACGAGGAGCACUGUUCUGUUUCAUGUUUUUUUUUUUUGUAAGGAAUAAAAUCAUGUGGGUUUUUAACCAUGUCACUUCCUUUUUGAGAAGUGAACAAGGUGCAAAUGACUGUCCUUCUUCCUGUGAAGACGCUUCAACCACAGCGAAAGCCGACACUCGGCGUACAGACUCUGUGCUUCUGGUUAACUGUGCACUGUAAAAGUUCACGAGGCCUUUUUAAAGUGAUCCUUUCAGACUGUCCAGUUCUUUCACAGCCAGUAGAGCAACACUGAAGAGCUCCUUCAUACUCUACAGUCAAUCAGUCGUACUACACAACUGGCCAAAAAGGCCCGAACCUGGGGAGCAAGAUUUUACUGUGAUUGUAUAUCCAAUGGACUGACGAACCAGUGGCACUGCUUACUAUUUAUAUUGUGAUUUGCCAGGACGUAGUGUGGCGUUCACGUGGGCAAAGUGCUUAAGGUUGAACUGAUUGUUAUUUAAAUGCUUUUGAGACACAUUUCGUGAAACAUAUGACUUAUAUAAACUUUAUAAAAUUGUGCUGAAAUGUUCUCAUUUCAGAUGGACUCGAUGGCCUAGGAAACAUGCUCAUAUGGGGCCUGAAUGGGCAGCCCAACAGGGAACUGGAAGGAUUUGUCCAUGGGCUCCAUGUUGGCCCCACAAACAGUAUAGUCGCCCACCAGGGUCAGUAAAGGGACAGUAUUAAGGGUUAAACAUGGACUCCAUGUAGGUUAUAUACUGUACAUAGGCCUAAAUAGGACCCAUGUAAGAUUUAGGUGGGCUAACUGGUGGCGCCCAUUUCCAUGUUCAAACAAUCCCAAACAAUCCCAAUCAACCUUAAACCCACCUAGACCAGAUAGGUAGCACCUCUGUAAGCUAUACCCCACAUGAGCAUGUUGUCUAGGCAGUCUCCAACUCAAAACUGACCAAUAAGAGAGAGUGACACAUGAAUGUGAAAGUGAGAGUGGGUGAAAGUGAGAGGCAUACUUAAUUAACGUUCUUCAGAGUCGCUAGCGUUGUCGAGAGAUGCUUUGAAUUUGUUUGUAGUUGCAAAUGUGAUGACGUCCAUCAAUGUCUGAUAUAAAGCAAAAUAAAUCAGAUAAAAGUGGA